GCUAGGUAAAGGAAUGGCGACGGAAGAAGGGAUCGAUGACCAGCAGAGUGGAGGGAAUCAGGGCACGAAUGGGGAUGGGGAACGAAACGAGGGAUCAGUCAGGGAUCGAGAGUCGGCCAAACCGGAAGGAACUCGAGAAGACGGGAAGGACCUCUCAACUGGAGAAAGCUCGGGGAAAGCUGGGGGUAGCAAAAGGGGACCUCAGGAAAACAGGGAAGGGGGAAAUGAUAUGAGAACAAGCCCUCGAAACUCAGCAGGAACCACCCCUAAAAAGACGAAAGUCUCGGAUGCCCGUCGUAAAUUGGCAGAGAUAGAAAAGCGGACUGCAGAAUUUAAGGCAAGGCUUAUCGAGCAGAUGAUGGCCGGGGAUGAGGAGGACCCCCAGGACGCAGGGUCACGUGAGGGACGCAGGACCGGUCAGGACGAGGCCAGGUAUGGAGGGAAGGAUAAUAGCCACAAAGGAAUGCCUAGCAAGAAGGGGAAGGACAAGAACGACCCCCCGACGGAGGGGACGGAAAACGCUCUGACCCCGCCUGCCAUCGACAGCGGCGCUAGCCGACUCCCCGCCACGCCGAAAGUAACAGGGGCGUGCGACGGACUCUGGAGCCUUAGGGAAAGGGUACUAGGAUAGUUUGACCCAGAAGGAACGCCGAAAACCAGGGAGAAGCAGAGGGAAGGGACCAGUGCAGCUGGAGAAGCGGGUAGCUCCGAAGGUGGUCUCAAGAGGAUAGUCACCACCCUCACCCGGGCACUAAACAAGAACUAGGGGUAUCUCAAACUCACGUUCGAUGGCGCAAACAUUACGGA